CAGUCCGUAAUCCAGUGGCCAAGUCGACCGUCUUCCGAAUGUCUUUCCACAAGCUCAGACUUCUCGUUUUCAGUUCGCUGAUCAACUGCUAUUUGUGCGGCCAUGUGGUGUUGGUGGAUCGGUUCACCUUUACUGUCGAUGAUCCCGGUCUCUUUGCAUCCCAAAGCGCUUUCCUCGAGAAGGAGUCUAAUCGCAGUUAUUUCUCAGGACACCUAAUCUUUAAUAGGGUGAUCAAUGAACUAACACUUGUCUCGUCCAUGGAUAUAAUGCGUCCUCCGAGUAUCGAAUUGCGCCUCUAUAGUGUGAAAUUGAACUUAUGCUCGGUCCUCAAUAAUGGUUAUAAAAACAAGUUUAUUCGAAUUUUCUACAAUAGCUAUGCAAAUUUUCUAAAUGCCAAGCCAAAGUGUCCCCUAAAGCCGAAUUUCAACUACACAUUGACAAGAGCUUAUAUGGACGAAGAAUUGCUUCCAGAACUGCUUCCCGAAUGUACAUACCGCGUAAAAAUGUCCUUUCAGCAGCAGUCAAAACUUUUGGGUCACAUGCAAAUUGAUGGACGUGUUCUUAUCAAGCAUUAA